AUGGCAAGGGCAAGAAAAGGGGCGUUGAUUCAGUGCGAUCCGUCCAUCAAGGCUCUUAUUAUUCAAAUUGACGGAGAAAGAAAUGACAUAAUUCUGGAGGAACUAGAUGACACCCAUCUCCUUGUGGAACCUAGCAAAGUUGAGUUCAUUAAACAAGAGCUAAAUAGACUGCUGUCUAAGAACAUAUAUGAUCCAUUGGAUGAUGAAGAGAAUGAGCAAAAGGAGAAAUAG